UAUCAUAACAUAUGAAUUUCAUAUCACUAAUAAUAUUUUUCUUUACAAUACGAGGACCAAGUUCAUUAAUCAAAGUUUAAAAUAUAUUUUAGUAAAAUACUCGUUUAGAAAAUACCCAAUUAUAUUUUCGUUAACAAUCUAUUUAUACGUAUAUUUUUAAAUGUUUGUUAACGCUAUAGCUACUCUUCACGCCGCAUUCAAGUGUCAGUCUCCAAUUAGCCUUGUAACGAAACGACUUUUGAGCUUCAGCAUCAAUACAAAAAUGCCUAUCAAAGUUGGAGACGUCAUACCCAGCGUGGAUUUAUCAGAGAAUACACCCAACAACAAAAUUAACAUUUUGGACCUAUGCAAAGAUAAAACUGUAGUAUUAUUUGCAGUACCUGGUGCAUUUACUCCAGGAUGUUCUAAGUCGCAUUUACCUGGUUAUGUAAGCACAGCUGAUGAUAUAAAGAAAAAAGGAGUAGACGAAAUUGUCUGUGUUUCAGUGAAUGAUGCAUUUGUUAUGGCAGCCUGGGCAAAAGAUCAGAAUUCAGAAGGAAAGGUGCGUUUACUUGCUGAUCCCCAAGCCGAGCUAACAAAAGCAUUUGAUUUAGCUAUUGAUUUGCCACCGUUAGGUGGUAUUCGCUCCAAACGAUACUCUAUGUUGAUUAAAAAUGGCAAAGUAGAACAACUGAAUGUGGAACCAGACAACACUGGUCUUUCUUGCUCAUUGGCAAACAAUCUCACUUUGUAGUUCUUUAAUUUAUUUUUUAUUUUAUUUGGCUUCAUGAUAAUUUUUUUUUUUGUGUUUUAAACUUUGUUAAUCAAUUUUCAUUUCAAUAUUGCUUAUUUCUAUGUAAAACUGUAUACAUUUGUAUAAUGUUAUUUAAUGAAACUCAUUAAAAACCUAUAUAUUGUGUAAUCAAACAAUAUUUUACUGAAAAUGUACAUUAUAAAAAUAAUUAUUUUAAA